AGAAAACUGGAGCGACGGCGUCUCGUCUCGUUUGCUUUGAUCAUCAUCAUCACCGACAUGGCGGACGAGAUGGAUGUUGUUGACAUCGAGGGGGAUGAGUGUGAUGCAGAAGAAGGUGAUCUUACUGGAGCGAUGAUCCUUCAAGACCAGUAUUUACAGUCAGCAUGGAAGACCAACACUGCUAUCUUGCCAUGGACCCUGGACAGCUCAAUUAGUGAUGAGAACCGAGAGGUCAUUGAGAGCAUGCUGUUGGAAGAGCAGUAUUAUUUUGCUGGUAAGAAGGUACCUAAAGUGGCAUGGACAGAGGAAAAGCCUAGAGUAAAGAAGUCACCGGUGAAGAGCUCUGGAGCCCCAACUCGUUGGGCACCAGAGGAGAAGGACCUCUUUGAGAAGGGACUGGCUCAGUAUGGGCGGAGGUGGACCAAAAUUGCAAAACUAAUUGGCACUAGGACAGUUCUUCAAGUGAAGAGCUAUGCCAGGCAGUACUUCAAAAACAAGGCUAAAACUGAAGGUCAUGCUGAAGAGUCCUCUGUCAAGCCCCAGAGUUCAAUACUUCACACCCCAGCCUCUGUAUCAAGCCCUCCCUCUGUCCAGCAACACCUCUCUGUACUGACCAAUGCUGUACGUAUCGAACAUUUGUCUGAUGAUGAGGAUGUUGACAUCACUGAUGAUCUCAGUGACAAUGCCUCCCAGCCAGAGAGCCAGUUAGAUCUUGGGGAUGAGCGUAAAGUGUUCGAGCAGCCUCAAGUCCAAGGAGAGAUUGCUCCAGUAGUGCCUUCUACAGGCAGAUUGAACAACCACCUUUUGAAUCCAGGGGAACUGACUAUCGGACCUGUAGAUCUAAGCUCUGAAGUGAACAGCGGACACUCUCAGUCAGUGGCUGAGCCAGAAGCUGGAGAGCAGAGAGAGGCCUUUAACUCUGACGCAAGUCCUGAGACAUGCACCCUGCCUGGAGAUGAGAGUGCUGAAGAUAAAGUGGGGAGUAGUCCAGUGGAAGAAGCAGAAGAGGACCAGGAGGAAGAGGAGGAGCUGAAGGCUCCUGAACAGGAAGUGACACUGGACACAAGCACCAUUACUGAAGAAGAAAAGCAGGCCAUCCCAGAGUUCUUUGAGGGCCGUCCAUCAAAAACUCCAGAGAGAUAUCUGAAAAUCCGCAACUACAUACUGGACCAAUGGGAAAAGAGUAAACCCAAGUACUUGAAUAAGACAUCGGUGCGCCCUGGCUUGAAGAAUUGUGGGGAUGUGAACUGCAUCGGCCGAAUACACACGUACCUGGAGCUCAUAGGGGCUAUCAACUUCAACUGUGAACAGGCCAUCUAUAAUCGUCCACGGCCAGUAGACCGCUCUCGUCUGAAGGAGAACCGGGACAGCCUGGAGGCCUAUCAGCUGGCUCAGAGGUUGCAGUCAAUGCGCACAAGAAAGCGGCGAGUGCGAGACAUAUGGGGAAACUGGUGUGAUGCCAGAGAUCUGGAGGGCCAGACAUACGAGCAUUUGAGUGCAGAGGAGCUAGCUCUUAGGAGGGAAGAAAUGAGGAAAAGGCAACCAAAGCCCUGCAAACUCCCUAAACGCGGCUCUUUUGACCCAUUCCAGCUUAUUCCAUGCAAGGCCUUCGGAGAGGAGAAACAGGAACCAUUCCGAGUGAUAGUGUGCGCAGAAGCUUUGGUUGUCAUGGAUGUGCAUGCUCACGUUUCUAUGGGAGAGGUGAUUGGACUGCUGGGUGGAUCUUAUGAUGAUGAAGAGAAAGUGUUGAGGAUCUGUGCAGCAGAACCAUGUAACAGCCUCAGCACUGGACUGCAGUGUGAAAUGGACCCUGUCUCCCAGACACAGGCCUCUGAGCUCCUGGAGGCCAAAGGUCACAAUGUAGUUGGCUGGUAUCACUCUCAUCCAGCCUUUGAUCCCAACCCUUCCCUCAGGGACACUGACACCCAGGCCAAAUACCAGAGUUAUUUCUCUCGAGGAGGAGCUCCAUUUAUAGGGAUGAUUGUGAGCCCAUAUAACCCCAGUAACCCCUCUCCUGUGUCCCAGACCACCUGUCUACUCGUGCAGGAAGAAACAGGGCCUGCUGGCUCUCAGAAGCAUCCAUACAAGUUUGAGUAUCGAGUCUCUGCUGAGCUUCCUGACUGGACAGAGGUGAUGAGAAGAGCAGAAUGGGUGGUGUUCAAAUACAAGGGGUCUCAUGGGUGUGUACCCAUGGACAGACUGUUUCGCAGAGAUUCCACCCUCACAUGUCUGGAAAAGCUGCUUGUAUCGUUGAAGAAUAUUCUUGCAGAGGUACCAGAGACAGAAGCAGAGACUUUCCUUGUCCAGAUUGAAACUUUGUUCAUUACACACUUCAUUGAUAAGCAGGAGACUGCCCAAGAUGAGGCUGGCUGUUCCUCUCAUCUCCAUGAGCCAAUUACACAGUCCCCUUUACUCACAUUCACCUCCUCUGAUCCAGCAGACAGCAGCGCAGCCUUGGACUUUGAUGAGACGUUUACUACAGAAGAGGAAUCUGUCACUAAUGCCAGCAACUCUGUUAAACCUUGCUCCUCAAGUCCUGGCAGCCAAGUUAUACAGAAGUCAGAAGCCAGUACAGAAGUCACUGUGCCUCUUACACAGUCAAUCAGUGCAGAAAAUGAGUAAUGACACUCAUCUGACCUGAAGACAAGCUUUUAUUGUUGCAGAGAGUAAUGUAAAUGUGUUACAUGUUAAAAUGAGACUGUUCCAAAAAUCA